AUGAAUUUUGUAUUGGAGAAGUUGUGUGCAUUAUUCGCUAGUUGGAACUCUCUGAUCAAAAAUUUGACUAAGGUCGAUCAAAAUAACACCACUCUUUUAGUACUUCUUGCAUCCACAGGAAUCCUGCUAUAUAAGAAUCGAAGAAAGGUCUGGGAAAUAAUGGAAAACUCCGGAAUGGUCGGAGGCGACCUAACUCGAGGUUUCAGAAACAACUAUCGAAGCAGCAUGUUCAGCAAAUGGGGAUCCAAAAACCCAGCCCAAGAAGAAGUUAUGUUUGAGCGAGGCGGGUACGUGGGGGGUUUGGUCAACGACGGUAACACAUGCUUCAUGAACUCUGUUUUGCAGAGCUUGGCUUCGUCUCAGACUUUGCUUCAGUUCCUUGAUGAAGAGAUUAUCCAGUCCACUAAAGAAUUGGAAAACAUGACAUCGGAAGAUUCUGCGAUAGACCAGGAGCAAGCUUCAGAAGUCACAGAGUCUAGUCAAGAAAAAGCGAGUGCUAAACCCUCAAAGAUGAAAACGUAUGGAAAGCGCAAGAAGAAGUUGACCAGGAAUGCUGAGAAAGAGGCAGCAGCAAGCGAUCAAGAGCCUGCUAACGUGGCUUUUAGUGCUACAUUAAAAGAGCUCCUAGAUAAGCUGAACGAGAAACAUCAUAGAGAUAGACCAUUUUUCAAAACCAACAAGCUUUUAAAAACCAUGUCGAAAGCUCCAAAUAAGAGCCUCAUCUUAGGAUAUGAUCAAGAGGAUGCACAAGAGUUUUUUCAGACUAUCCUAUCUGAGUUGGAAACGAACGUUAAGUCCUUGCAUGAGAAACCCGCAGAAAGGAGCAACACGCCUGUUUUGGCCAGUGAUCUUUCUGAAGAGGCGAUGGUUGGGCAAAAUCAUCUAGGAACUAUCGGGACGGUUUAUCUACCCACUAACCAAAUUAACCCGAAUUCCGUUUCGAAAGGUGAUGACCAGCAAUCUUACACACCGCUCAAGCUUAUUACACCCCUUGAUGGUAUAACAGCAGAAAGAAUCGGGUGCUUGCAAUGCGGUGAGAACGGAGGUAUUCGUUAUUCGGUAUUUUCGGGCUUAAGUUUGAAUCUGCCUUCUGAGAACAUAGGAUCUAAUUUGAAACUUUCGCAGCUUCUGCAAAACUGGUCUAAACCGGAAAUAAUCGAAGGUGUCGAAUGCAAUCGAUGCGCUCUCAAUGCUGUUUUGGAGCAUUUAAAUAAAACCCUGGUUCAAUUCGAGACAUCCGAAACCGUCUCUGAGAAGUUAGUGGAUGCUGUGAAGACAAGGAUAGAUGAGCUUGAAAACCUUUUAUCUAAACCGGUAGUUGACGAUGAAGACUACAAAAAGCUGCACACCGAAAACAUGGUGAAGAGAACUUCGAAAUCGAAACAAAUUUUGAUCUCUCGCCCACCACCGUUACUUUGCAUUCAUAUCAACAGAUCAGUUUUUGACCCGCGAACUUACACCAUUCGGAAAAACAACUCAAGGGUUCUGUUUAAGUCAAAACUGAAUCUAGCACCUUGGUGUUGCGAUAUUGACGAAAUAAACUUGGACGCCCGUCUUCCGAUGUCCAAGAAAGAUCAACAGCUAAUGGAGUCCUCAGAAGACGAAAACGUGGGGGGCGAGUACUUCGCCCGCUUACAUCGCCAUUACGAAGAGGAGUUUGAUGACAGUGAUGAAGAAGAGGAAAGUUUUCAACACGCCGACCGCGACGUAUCAGAUUAUGAUCCAUUAAAAGGCGAAUUAGUUUCGUCAAGUGAAGACGGCGAAGAGUCCGAAGAGAGUGACUUCGAAGUUGACAAACUGGGCAAUCGUAUUUAUAAACCAAAACAGGAUAUUGAAACAAACGAUCAGGAAGAAGACUCUGGUGACGACACCUCUGAUAAUGAUGCUGUGGUGGCACAGGAACCUGACGCCAUGGACCAAAUAGAUGCCAAAACGUCUGAGGACGAAAUCGAAAGCCUGGACGAGGAUAAAAAAGACAGGAAAGCCCUUCGUGCUGUCUCUGUGCGUGAUUCAGUUCCAAGCUCUUCAACAGUUCCUGUAGGGCCUCUGACUUAUGCGCUGCGCUCCGUUAUUGUUCAUUACGGAACUCAUAACUAUGGGCAUUAUAUUGCGUUCCGCAAGUUUAGAGGUCUGUGGUGGAGAAUUUCUGACGAGACCGUGUAUGUGGUGGAAGAAGAGGAAGUCCUCUCUACACCGGGCGUCUUUAUGAUGUUUUACGAGUACGACUAUAACGACGUUGCUCAAAAAUUGAACGAUGACAUCGAAUGGUCAAGCCAAGCAGACGACGAAUAG